CUGGGAUGGAAUACGUCGUCAGCAGGUCAGGCAUGUUACACUAUGUUAACUUCACACUCAUCAACGUCAAGUUAGCGGACUUCAUAAAGUACAACGUCACGCUAUAUUCUUUGUUGAACCAACCAAUGUCGUUACAUGUUGAGCUCCAGCCCAUAGGUAUGUGACUAGAAUUAAAUGAAUAUAUUGACAGACAGUGGUGACAUAAUCACAAUAAAAUACACAGACCAUAGUGAUACAUUAUAUAAAAAAUUUUAAAAAAUGUUUUAUUUUAUUUCAAACUACAAUUUUAAAUGCCAAAUUAUGAGAAAGGAAAGUAUACCUAAUAUGUUGUAAGAUGUGUUUCUUUAAUGACACGAUUACAACAAAUGUAAGAUAUUACUUUUUCAUUAAAGAAAGAAAAUUCGAUGAUAAUAAAUUGAUAUGAAGUCUCCUAUAAAAAACCCAGUUCAUUACACUGUGCAUAAAAAUUUCUAGUCAUAAAUUGGCUACCACAAAAGACAUAAUGUAUAUAAAACAUUAAAUAAUAAAUAGAACUUACGUAUGUGUAUAAUACAUAUUUGAUAGUUUUUCUCAUCAAAAAUAAAACAUCUAACAUCAAACAGCCCUUACAAUUAUUCAACAAUAAAAGUUGUCGAAUUUUCGAAAUAGAUUUAACCGUUGUAUAUCGUCAUCAAAAUGAAAUUAUCAAUCUUGUUUUCAAAAUACAUUCCACAAAAAAUUUGUUUACACUCUUUCAUCCAUAGAAUUACCAACAGCUUCGCAGCUGCCACUAAAGGAAAUGACUACGUUAGAAAAUACGACUUUCCUAUUAAGUGAAAUCACUGUACCAGGUAAGGAAAGUCAAGUAUCCAUUUCCUCUCUAUAGAAGCUGACAGGGUCUGUCGCAAAAUAAAUCGAGAAGGACCAUUUAAAGGCAGAUGUAAUUUAGGUACCAAAAACAUACACUAUACUAAAACAUACACUAUACUAAAACAUACACUAUACUAAAACAUACACUAUACUAAAACAUACACUAUACUAAAACAUACACUAUACUAAGACAUACACUAUACUAAGACAUACACCAUACUAAAACAUACACUAUACUAAAACAUACACUAUAUUAAAACAUACACUAUACUAAAACAUAUAUUAUACUAAAACAUACACUAUACUAAAACAUACACUAUACUAAGACAUACACGAUACUAAAACAUACACUAUACUAAAACAUACACUAUACUAAAACAUACACUAUACUAAAACAUACACUUUACUAAAACAUACACUAUACAAAAACAUACACUAUACUAAAACAUACACUUUACUAAAGCAUACACUAUACUAAAACAUACACUAUACUAAAACAUGCACUAUACUAAAACAUACACUUUACUAAAACAUACACUAUACAAAAACAUACACUAUACUAAAACAUACACUAUACUAAAACAUACACUAUACUAAAACAUACACUAUACUAAAACAUACACUAUACUAAAACAUACACUAUACUAAAAUUAGUUUAAUAGAUCUGAUGAGAUCAUUCGUAUUAUAUAUAUCUGAUGAUAUCAUUCAAAUAAUAUAUUUAAUUAUAAAAUUCGAAUAAUAUUUAUGAUGAUAUCAUUCGUAUAAUUUAUCUGAUGAUAUAAAUUGUAUAAUUUAUCGGAUGAGAUCAUACGUAUACAAUCUGUGUUUAAAAAAAAAUAGACCAACGUUAUUAAUGAAAUAAAAAAAAAAAUGUUCAUUUUUAAGGUCUUGAUAUUAAAGCAUUUAGGUUCACUUUAAUAGUUCAACUGUCACCACUGGCAUUUGCCAUUGGUAUAGCUACAAAAAUACCAAUAUACACUAAUGACACGUUAGAUUUGGCACUAAGUUUGUUUAAACUAUCCUAUUUUGUUACAAUAUCCAUCUCUACUCCCUUCAUUAUCUCUAUUUCUUUCUCUCGUUUGUUGUUGUAUUCUAUCUUUUUUUUAUUCUUUAUCAAUUUAUCUAGUCCAUGUUCACUAUCUAUAAAUAAAUGCCUACAUUUUAUGUAUGAAAAUUUAACUAUUCAGUUGUAUAUUCGAUGGAAAACAAUCACUACACCACUUCAACAUCGGUGUGACUAGGUCAAUCUUUACUAUGUUAGACUGUUAGUGGAGUUUAACCUUAUGUUAUUCUCGGUUUUUCACGUUGUUUUACCUAUCUGUUGAUUUUAUUGGACAUGACAUUUUUCAGGUUAUAAUAUAGCUCAGAGUGAUCAACUAGCCUUGAUAUUGCUGGCCAUUCCAAUAAGUAUCGUUAUCUUAGCUGCUGCUUCAAUUAUCUUUUUAAAAGGUGAUGAAAUGUCUAAGACUUUAUCUUAAUAUACUUAGGAAAUACAAUUUUUAUCAUAUAGAACGUAAACAACAUAUGUAAACAUGAAAAGGAGUUAAAAAUUGCUAUGCAUAAUUAAAGAAGAACAUCUCAUCUUUAAAAAAUAAAUGAAGUAUGUAAUAGUAAAAUAUGACGCACACUCCUUCAUCUGUGUUCUGAGUAACAAAUGAUCCUUAGUCCACAUUCUACAUUCUUUUUUAUACCUCACCUCACAUGAUCACUCACUCCACUUCUCCAACCAAUAUACACCCAUUUAGUUCAAACAUGAAUAACAAACAAAUCAACACGUCCAGUCAUACUGAAUGACAAGACAACAACACAGGACAAUCAUGUCACAAAUUUAACUCAAUACACACAACACUAAUCGUCAGUCACGCAUUCUAACACAAAAUAGGGAUGAGUUUGUAUUGUUUUUGUUUUGUUUUUUUCCUUUGUUUAUCUUCAGCCAAAACGUGCAAGAAGAAAACAGUAAACCCAUGUGAUCCUGUUUACGACACAUUACAUUUUGACAAUGAGGAACACGCCUGAAGGACAUACUGCUGUACCCGGAUAUAACAUUUAACCAAAAAAACG